AUGCUCCUUCAUCGCGUCUCGCUGGUCGUUGAGAUUCUUGCUAACAAUGAGACGCAGAUGGUGACCGAAAAGGAUGAUUGUUCAAAUGAGACACAGGAUCCGCUCAAAUUCCCACCACCGAAACUGCGAUGCCAAUCUCCCAAGUGUUGUAACCAGCUGAAAAAAAUUGAGAGAGGCUUGAGCGGACCUAGAGAUUACCAAGAUGAUCCGAGGGACCGCAGCAAGCUCUUGCGCAUCAACAGCUUGACUCCGUUCCAAGGGGAACCCCCGGCGUUGGUCCUUCUUGAUACUUUUCUGACCCCAAAGCAUAUAUUUUUCAAGUGCAACCAUGGUCCUGUUGCAAAGAUUAUCGAUCCAUCCGAGUAUGAAUUGAAGAUCUUUGGACUUCUCCCUAAGCCAACGACGCUCAGUCGAGACACCAUACUUGCUAUGCCGAAGUCAAGAGUGCCCGUAACGCUGAUGGUGUAUCAACUGAUCACCAAUCCAUUUGAUCACUUUUCACCUCUCAUCAACGCAGCCAUUGGAACCGCGAUAUGGGGAGGAGUCAGACUUGCAGACGUUUUGAAAAUGCAAGGUAUCCCUUACCGCACUUUGGAGACAGGCGAGGGUGGCCGCUACGUGGAAUUUAUCAGUGUCGAUUACAUGAAGGAGACACCUGAUGAGCCAUUCAAAUCUUCCAUACCGUUGAUACAUGCUACAACACCCAGAGCAGAUGUACUUUUGGCAUAUGAAAUGAACUAUGAGGAUAUUCCUCGGGAGCAUGGGUACCCAUUGCGUGUGAUUAUUCCGGGUUGCAUUGGUGCUCGGUCUGUAAAGUGGUUGAAGGAGAUAAAAAUCUCGAAAGAUGAGUGCCAGGGCUACUACAUGCAAAAGCAUUUCAAGCAUUAUCCACCACAUUUGGAGCUAGAUCCUCCAUGGGUAACCACGGUGGAUUGGUCCUCACGGCGUCCGUUAAUGGAAUUCCCGGUUCAAAGUGCCAUUUGCGUACCUCAAGAUGGCAUUUUCUUACCAAAGGGAGCGACGGUUAACAUCAGAGGUUACGCAAUUGCUGGUGGCGGUCGAGCUAUUGACCGUGUUGACGUAUCUGUCAAUAGUGGUCAUUCAUGGAAGAGUGCUGAACGCCGGCAGGUCUCAUUUUCAGUUCCACGCAUUCCAUGUCCAUGUUGUGGGGCUGUACCACACAAGGUCGAAAUUUUUGAUGUAUUUGAGGCUGACGGCGAUACUGCACAGCUCUUUGAUCCACAGCUCUUGAAAUGGGCGUGGGUAUUGUGGAAGUGUGUUGCCCAAGUGUAUCCACGGACAGAGAUCAUUGUGAAAGCGAUUGACAGUGCCGGCAAUGUCCAGCCUCAUGAAAUAGACCAGAUCUGGAACUUCAGGGGUGUCAACAACAGCUGCUGGAACAGAGUGAAAGUCGAACUCUCAAAAGCAGGGUGUGUGCACUGUUUCCGGGAAACUUGUUUCUCUUGUUGCCUCACAGCCCUGGAUGUACUAACAAUUGGCCGUCUGUACACAAUGAUCGGAAGAGAAGGGAAACGUCUGCCAUUGUCAAUGUCACAAAACCUUCAGUGGAGCUGCAGGCGUGCCCCAAUUUUAGGGCUGUUGUGGUAGUUGGAACUUCUCCAUCAAUCUAAAAGGAGGAAGAUGUAAUGAAUAAAUAUGACACUGAUAACAAAGAUACUCGAUUGACACAGAAAUGUAUUUCAUUAUCGUAGAUUAAAUUAGUCUAAAUUAAUAUUUAAUUUUAAAAUGCUUAAGCUUCAUUAAGAUGCAGGGGCUGACUCACAAAUAAUUUUGCUAAAACUGUAUAAUUAAGUGCACACAAUCUCAAAAAUCAUAAAACUCUAUUUAUUUUAUACGAAUAUUUGUGAUUUAUGGAGUUUUCAUAAACUAAAAAGUAAUUCACAUUAUGUGCAAAUCAGAAUAAAUCAAACCUCAAAAUCACCAUCUUAAUAAUGGAUAUAUUGUAUGUUUCAUACACAAAUAUAAAUUUUAAACUAUAUAUAUGUAUGUGGCUCUAAUCUGAUUGCAAGGAUGUCUUGGAUUAUGCAGCAAAAAGGGUGGUAGACAUAAAUUGAUAAAUAAGUCAUUGCUACCCCAAAUCACAAUCAAGAUUAUAUUUUUGAAUUCAUAAAUAUAGAAGCGAGUCUGCAAAAUAAUGUUUCAAUUUACUUUGUGUACUUUUCAGCAAAUAAGUACAACUCCUAAUUUUAAGAAAUGCAUUGUAUAUUUAAAAUUAUGAAUUUUUUAGUUGCUACUAUUUUAAAAAGAAUGAAUGGAUUUUUAAGCAAUUCAUGUAAAUUUUAUUUCUUUUAAUUUUUUUAGUUUCUUGUUUUUGGUUUAGAUCAAUGGGAGUUGAUGAGAAAAAAACAUUUGCCCAUGGUUGAA